UGGAAUAUUUACGUUUCCUUUCUCAUUAUUUUCUUAGGCCUGCUUGGAUUGGGGAAAGUUUGCAUCGUGCAAACUAGGUAAAAAAUUCUUUGUUUAUGUAGGAAGUAGAUUGAUUUUAUUCCCCUUCCCUUUUUGGGGGUAGAGUAGGGUUGAAGGACUGGAAAAAAAAACAGAUUUCUUUCCCAUAUCUUCUGGUGGGAUUUCAGCGUUUGUGUAAAUCUGGUUUCGUGAUAUUGAGGAAUUGAGAAUUGCGAGGAAGGGGGUUCUCUAUAUUAUCUAGUUUUAUUUGAGUGAAAGGCAAAGAAUAGAUGGAUCCAGUGGAGGGUGAGAACUCGUUAGCUACUUUUGCUUUUAUGGAGCUUGCAAUAGAGCAGGCAAAACUCGCAUUGAACAGCCUAGAAGUGCCAGUUGGAUGUGUCAUCAUUGAAGAUGAAAAGGUUAUUGCCUCGGGGAGAAACAGAACAAAUGAGACACGAAAUGCUACAAGGCAUGCAGAGAUGGAAGCCACCGAUUAUUUGCUUGAGCAGUGGCAAAAGGAUGGACUUUCAAAAAAAGAAAUUGGAAUAAGAUUUUCAAAGUGCGAUCUAUAUGUUACAUGUGAACCAUGUAUCAUGUGUGCAGCAGCUAUAUCAAUUCUUGGAAUAAAAGCUGUAUACUAUGGUUGUCCUAACGAUAAGUUCGGAGGCUGCGGAUCAAUCUUGUCAUUACAUUCUAGAAACACUGAGCACUUAUCUAGUGGCGGUGCUUCGGAAAUGAAAGGCUGCUUUACAUGUAAAGGAGGAAUAAUGGCAUCUGAAGCUGUUUCUCUUUUUCGGAGUUUCUAUGAUCAAGGAAAUCCCAAUGCACCGAAACCUCACAGGCCAGUUCAGGCUUGCAGGGCUGGCUUUCAUGUUCUCAGCUAGCAUUUUAUUGCAAAUUCUGGCCUGUGCAAUAUACAGCAACUGGUGGCCAAUGUUGGCAGCUCUGAUGUACGUAAUGGUGCCUAUGCCUUGUUUGUUUUUUGGUGGUGGAUCCACUGCAUUCUUAACCAGCCGUGAUGGUGGAGGCUGGAUGGAUGCUGCAAAGUUCUUGACAGGAGCAUCUGCAGUGGGAAGCAUCGCCAUUCCUGCAAUCCUUAGGCAUGCUGGUCUGAUCGAAACAGGAGCUAUGUUCAUUGAGUUCACUUCUUUCUUCAUUCUAGUUUGCACUAUCAUGUGUUUUCAUCGUGCUAGUCUUGAAGAUGAAUGGUGAUGGAUUUAUAUUGGAAAAUAGAACAAAACAUAACAGAGUUAUUAUUGUAUGAUUUCUACCAGUGGAUUCAAAUGUAAAAUUUAAGAAACAAAGAUCACUUCACUAAUCAAGAAAAACAUCCAACUGCAGAUCUUGACUUC